UCCACAGAUGCCACCUGCAAUCUCUGGUGACAGCGAGAUUGUAAAUAAUAUGUACGAGACCGACCCCGAUCUCCUUGCUGGAGAAAGCGCAGAGGAGGAAACUGAGGACAGUAUAAUGUCCCCCAUCCCUGUGGGACCUCCGUCACCCUUCCCCACCAGUGAGGACUUCACUCCCAAGGAGGGCUCACCCUAUGAAGCUCCCGUCUACAUUCCUGAUGACAUUCCAAUCCCACCAGAUUUUGAACUCAGAGAAUCUUCGAUCCCAGGGGCAGGGCUAGGGAUUUGGGCCAAAAAGAAGAUUGAAGUUGGGGAAAGAUUUGGACCCUAUAUGGCAGUACAGAGGAGCACAUUAAAGGAAACAAACUUUGGAUGGGAGCAAAUACUGACUGAUCCCGAGGUGACUGCCCAGGAGGGCAAUAUAAAAAAGAUUCCCGAUGCCCUGGGCACUGAGAAGUUCUGUGCUGACGCCGGCCAGGGCGGGGCUGGGAACUGGCUGAAGUACAUCCGAGUGUCCUGCUCCUGCGACGAGCAGAACCUGGCCGUGUGCCACAUCAACGAGCAGGUCUAUUAUAAAGUUAUUAAAGAGAUUGAGCCGGGGGAAGAGCUCCUGGUGUGUCUGAAGGAAGGAGGUUAUUCCCUCGGGAACAUGGCACCCAGCAUGGAAGAGGAGCCCUCGUUCCGCUGCGAGGACUGCGAUGAGCUGUUCCAGUCCAAGCUGGACCUGCGGCGCCACAAGAAGUACGGCUGUGGUGCCGUGGGGGCCCUGUACGAGAGCCUCAGCGACGACAUCAAGCAGGAAGGCCUCGGAGAUGGACAGGUCUACGAGUGCAAGGACUGUGAGAGGAUGUUCCCCAACAAAUACAGCCUGGAGCAGCACAUGGUGAUCCACACCGAGGAGAGGGAGUACAAGUGUGACCAGUGUCCCAAGGCUUUCAACUGGAAAUCCAACCUGAUUCGUCACCAAAUGUCUCACGACAGUGGGAAACGGUUUGAAUGUGAAAACUGUGUUAAGGUGUUUACGGACCCCAGCAACCUCCAGCGGCACAUCCGCUCACAGCACGUGGGGGCGCGGGCCCACGCCUGCCCCGACUGCGGCAAGACCUUCGCCACCUCCUCGGGCCUCAAGCAGCACAAGCACAUCCACAGCACUGUCAAACCUUUCAUAUGUGAGGUCUGUCACAAAUCCUACACGCAGUUCUCCAACCUGUGCCGCCACAAGCGGAUGCACGCGGACUGCCGCACCCAGAUCAAGUGCAAGGACUGCGGGCAGAUGUUCAGCACUACCUCCUCCCUCAACAAGCACCGGCGCUUCUGCGAGGGCAAGAACCAUUACAGCCCCGCCGGCAUCUUCGCCCCCGGCCUCCCCCUCACGCCCACCUCCAUGAUGGACAAAUCCAAGCCCUCUCCCAACCUCAACCACGCCAGCCUGGGCUUUAACGAGUAUUUCCCAUCCCGCCCGCACCCCGGUGGGCUCCCGUUCUCGCCAGCCCCCCCAGCCUUCCCCGCCCUCACCCCGGGAUUCCCGGGGAUUUUUCCGCCUUCUCUGUACCCCAGGCCCCCCUUGUUACCACCCACGCAACUGCUCAAAAGUCCCCUCAACCACACUCCAGACGCGAAGCUCCCCAGCCCCCUCGGGAACCCGGCAUUGCCCCUGAUCUCCGCAGUGAGCAACAGCAACCAGGCUCCUUCAGGGGAGGAGAAAUGUGAAAGCAGCCUGGAAAACUCCUACCUGGAGAAGCUAAAAGCCAGGAACAGUGACAUGUCCGAUGGCAGUGACUUUGAGGAUGUCAAUACAACCACGGGCACGGAUCUGGACACCACGACUGGCACCGGCUCUGACCUGGACAGUGACGCGGAGAGUGACAGGGACAAAACGAAAGACAAGAGCAAACAAAUGGAGACCAAGCCAGAUUUUGUCAGCAGCUCGGUGUCUGCCAGUUCCACCAACACCACGAGCGAGAUCCCUCUCUUCUACUCUCAGCAUUCCUUCUUUCCUCCCCCCGAGGAGCACCUGCUGCCCACCACGGGCGCUGCCAAUGACUCCAUUAAAGCCAUCGCCUCCAUCGCAGAGAAGUAUUUUGGGCCUGGCUUUAUGGGGAUGCAGGAGAAAAAGAUGGGUUCGCUCCCGUAUCAUUCCAUGUUCCCUUUCCAGUUCCUCCCCAAUUUCCCCCACUCCCUCUACCCUUUCACGGAGCGGACCCUCAAUCACAACUUGCUGGUCAAGGCAGAACCAAAGUCACCCAGGGACCUCCACAAAGUCGGUGGCACCAGCUCGGAGUCCCCCUUCGAUCUCACCACGAAGCCAAAAGAGAUUAAGCCAAUCCUGCCGCCCCCCAAGGUCCUCCCAGCCCCGUCCUCAGGGGAGGAGCAGCCACUGGAUCUGAGCAUUGGCAACCGCAUCCGAGCCAGCCAGAACGGAGGGAGAGAGCCACGGAAAAACCACAUUUAUGGGGAGAGGAAGCUGAUGGCAAGUGAGGUCUUACCUAAGAUUUCCCAGUCCCAGCUGCCUCAGCAGCCCUCCCUGCACUACGCUAAGCCAUCGCCCUUUUUCAUGGACCCCAUCUACAGCAGGGUGGAGAAGCGGAAGGUGACAGACCCCGUGGGUGCCCUCAAGGAGAAGUACCUGCGACCCUCCCCGCUGCUUUUUCACCCCCAGAUGUCGGCCAUCGAGACGAUGACGGAGAAACUGGAGAGCUUUGCAGCCAUGAAGGCCGACUCUGGCUCGUCCCUGCAGCCCCUUCCCCACCACCCCUUCAACUUCCGAUCGCCGCCGCCCACGCUCUCCGACCCCAUCCUGCGCAAGGGCAAGGAGCGCUACACCUGCAGGUACUGUGGCAAGAUCUUCCCACGCUCAGCCAACCUGACGAGGCAUCUGCGGACGCACACUGGGGAGCAGCCUUACAGGUGUAAAUACUGUGACAGGUCAUUCAGCAUUUCCUCCAACCUGCAGCGGCACGUCAGGAACAUCCACAACAAGGAGAAGCCAUUCAAGUGCCACCUGUGCAACAGGUGCUUCGGGCAGCAGACCAACCUCGACAGGCACCUGAAGAAGCACGAGCACGAGAACGUUCCAGUGAGCCAGCACUCCGGAGUCAUCACCAACCACCUCGGGACCAGCGCCUCCUCCCCCACCUCGGAAUCAGACAACCAUGCACUUUUAGACGAAAAAGAGGAUUCCUAUUUCUCGGAAAUCAGAAAUUUUAUUGCCAAUAGCGAGAUGAAUCAAGCGUCGGCUUUAGCGGAUAAAAGGCCAGAAAUCCAGGAUAUUGAUGGCAAUUCCCAGUGCCACGGAUUGGCAAACGAGAAGACAGAAGAUGUGGACGAUGAGGACGAAGAACUGGAAGAGGAAGAUGAUGACAGCCUGACUGGGAAGUCCCAGGACGAGACAGCGUCGCCCACGGCGGAGCCCCAGGGAGCGUUCGAGGAUGAGGAGGAUGAGGAGCCCACGUCUCUCACCAUGAGCUUUGACCACACCCGAAGGUGUAUUGAGGAGGACGAAGCCGGCCUGUUAGAUUUGGAGCAGAUGCCGAAUUUUGGGAAGGGGCUGGAUCUCCGCAAAGCAGCCGAGGAAGCUUUUGAAGUUAAAGAUGUGUUUAAUUCCACCUUAGACUCUGAGGCAAUAAAACAGACUCUGUACAGGCAGGCUAAAAACCAGGCUUAUGCAAUGAUGCUGUCCCUGUCUGAGAACGCUCCCCUCCACACGUCCUCCCAGAACUCUCUGGGGGCUUGGCUGGACAUGGCAGGAGCAGCUUCAGAGUCGGGGACCUUUAACCCCAUCAACCACCUCUGAGAGGUCCACAAGGCACUGGCCGGAGCCCAGGCGAGGGGUGGUGGUGCUGCAGCCAUCCCAGCAAAAUCCCAGCGAGCAGAAGAUGGAUGAGAGGGCCUCAGGGAGUCGUCUGGACUUUGGGCUGAGAAGGAAACAUGUCACAUCCGACCUACACGUCCUGCAUUUUUAUCUCUCUAGAGUUUUCCUUUCUAAUUUAUCAGAAUGAACCUCUCCCAAACUGGAUAAACCCUGAAGCAGCCCCAGGAUUUCACAGCCUGUAGGAAUAGCAUGAGCAAGACACGAAUUGCAACAGUGCAAUCAAAGAUUGGCCCCUCCAACCUUCCAAACCGGUGUCACUGAGCCAGCACAGCCUGAGCAGGAACGACAGCUUGGAACCACAGGGCAGCACUUCCUUCCCAUCCAGCUGAAAUGGUGAAGCACCAAGGGAAGACAGCCAGGUGUGGCCUGUUCCCGGUGCAAUUGUGACACAGCCACUGGAGUGAUGCCAGGGAAAGGCAAAUUCAGCCUACUUAACUGCCCCCCCCAAAAGAAUUCUGCACUCCCACCGAAACACCAUCCUGUCCUUUGUUCCCAGCAAACACUGGCACAGU